GUCUAAUCCACGUCAACUAAUCCGGAGGCACCGCACACUACGAUCGGAGGAACCCAGCGCUGCGGUGUGCUGCGGACGGUUACUAACGCUAGUGAACCUGCAAUGUACCCAGUAUGGAUAUCACGGUGCAAUAUCCACAGUGUUUCACUCGUGUUUUUGCGCAUUGUUGCAAUUCACCCGAGGUUAUGGAAAUCCUUACCAUUUUUCAUUUAUCCAGGGGUCCGCCGUUCGGGAGUUUCACAAGGGAUCGGGCUAAUCAAGCGUGAGUCAAGCGCGCCUGCGUCACACGAUGCCAGUUUUCCCAGAAUUUUCGGCGCCGCGUAGUUGCCUUCGGAAUUUCAUUUGAUUCUCAAUUAACAUCUGAAAACACUGUUCCAUGCUUGACCGUUUAUUUGUACCCGGGCAUCUGCCUGUACCAUCUACAAUCGAAGUGUCAAGUGGUCGCACUGGCCAGUCAUCUUGUCGCCACGAAGAACCCACUGGUCUCUAGCCUGUUGCGUCCAGCUUUUCCUCUUGCUCGGUGGUACAUUGCACUGAAGGUAUUGGCCGUCACAUGUUUGUGUGUGGCGAGCAUAGGAAGGAUCACCUUUUAGCAUCGGGGCAAGGAUGAUUUCUCCGGUUGCGUCGGUGUUUUCAACAAUGCCCCAUUGGAAACAGGGUGCCAGGCUGCACGCGCCGGGGGGCCGGUUUACUUUCGCAGCGAGGAUCUAUCUUUUUCUUCUUCUUUCUUGUUUGGGCUUCUCGUGCUCAGGCGAGAUCGCUAACGGAAAAGGGACGGAUACUACUCCAGCACGCCUAGAUCCCCGUACUCUCCCUCGGUACAACCUGAAGCGCCAUUUCCCCUAUUCAUCGAUCUUUGAUCCUGCAAUCGAUAGGGACAUCGAAGCGCUCAGCCGCAGGGCCCGAGAGUUCAAGGAGAGAUUCAAAGGCACCCUGGAAACCACCCUUCUGGAGGCGCUCAUCAAGCACGAGCAGCUAGAUGAAGCUGUGGACUUUGUCGACUACUACAUUGCCCUUGUCGCUGCAGUGAACACCACAAAUGAGGAGAUUCGCAAGCGAGUGAAUCAAUUGGAGUCGGCCAUAGCCGCUGAUGUGCAGCCUUAUAGACUUUUCGUGAAUCUAGAGCUUGGGGCAAUGCCGGAGGCAGCUCUGCAAAAGCAGAUGGCAGCAAAUGGCAAUCUCAGCUUUUAUUCCGGCUUUCUUGGCGCGGCACGACGACGCGCGCCUUAUGUUCUGUCUGAAGACGUCGAGCGCGCACUCCUUGUUCGGAAGCCCAUGACUGUGCAAGUUGCCACUGAGUACUACUUCAAGCAACUCGGCGACGCAACCUUCGACAUGAACGGCGAGAAGCUGAUUUUGUCGAUGAUCCUCGCGUUCAUUAUGGACAACAGCCAAGAGAAGCGCUGGGCCGCGCAGAAGGCUGUGAAGCAAGGUCUCGAACGGCACAAGAUCACCAACUUUGCAGCGCUCAGUUUAAACGUUGUGGCGGGGUCGUGGCACAUGGAGAGAAAGGAGAGAGGUUACGAGAGGCUGCGGUCGUCCCGGAACGUCGCCAACAAUGUGUCUGACAAAACAAUUGACGCGCUCAUCCACGCAGGGGAGACUGUCGCAGUGUCGUUGACGAAGCGGUACUUCAAGUUGAAAAAGAAAAUUCUCAAGAACCGGGCUGGAGUGGAGGUUUUCGACUUCGCUGAUCGGCUAGCUCCAUUGCCCCUCAAAUCCAGCGAUCGCCUUUACGACUGGAAAGAAUCAACGAGAAUCGUCCGAGAUGCGUACAAGUCCUUCUCGCCGACCAUGGCCCUGAUGUUCGACAAACUGCUUGAGGAAGAGAGGAUUGACGCCCCUGCCGUUCCAGGAAAACGCACGCCAGCAUGCUACUUGGGCACACCGACAACAGGCCCCUUCAUCAUUCUCGAGCAUGUUGGACAACCCCGUUGUGUGGAAACUCUCGCUCACGAAGCCGGCCACGCAAUCCAUUCCAUGUUGUCCUACGAGCAAGGAAACCUGCAGCUCGCACCGCCCCUGACGAUUGCAGAAAUGGCGAGCCUCAUGGGAGAGAGAAUAGUAUUCAAUGACUUGUUGCGCCGGACGACGGAUCCUGAGGAGCGCCUUUCUCAUCUGCUUCGCUAUCUAGAUGGAUGGACUAGCACUGUUACUCGGCAGCUUAUGUUCGAUGACUUCGAGAGAAGAGUGCAUGAUGCCCGCGCACAAGGGACAAUACCGGAUGGCGCAUUCACAACAAUGUGGAAGGAGUCACUUGAGAAGUACUUUGGUGCUGAAGGCGAGGUGUUUGACUCCUAUGCGAACUCAGAGGCGGAUUGGGCCCGCAUUCCACACUUUCAUAAUACGCCCUUCUAUGUCUACGCGUACGCGUUCUCCGACCUUGCCGUGGGCUCUCUCUACCGCGUGUACAAGGCACACCCCGAAGGCUUCGAACAGAAAUACCUUGACAUUUUGCGGUCAGGAAAUAAAAAGAGCUUCGAGGAGAUCAUGAAGCCUUUCGGUCUGAACCCGUCGGCUGAGACAUUCUGGGCUGACGCUGUGGAAGCUACAGGAGGAACGGUAAUCGACGAGGCCGAGUCCCUUGCCCUCAAGCUGGGCUUUGUCUGAUAAACGUCCGAUGUUCUCCAUCGACAACGCCUGUCGGCGAACAACCUGAUACUGCAUGUUGAGACAGUGACGAGAUGUGUAAGCAUUUCGUUUAGGUGGAAACGACUUUUUUCACGGAUGAACAACAAAAACAAUGUUGCGUCAUACCAUCCUCACCGUCGUGAGGCGUCUGCUUGCAACGCUGGUUUUAGUUCUGUAGUCGGCGGUGGUAAGAGGGUGCAAUGCAACAUCGUUCUGGUUGUAGUAACCGUCUACGAUGAGCCCAUGCUACCACAGUGGAAUCGCGUCUUCGUUUCUACUCGCCCGACGUUUUAUCACAAUUGUCUACAUGACUGUUUUUGCUGGUUCCACAUUGAGCAUCCCGGUGGCGAACUGUGCCCCAUCAAGUGAUGUCUACGAGUUCGUCGUUUCCGCUGUUUCCUUGACCUGGAUAACAGUGGCUCUGGAUACAGAAUU